CCCGCCCCCUCGGGCCGCCACGUCCCUCACGUAGCGCCGGGCCGAGGGGACCUGGCAGGCGCGCGGGCUCGCCAUGCGGCUGGUGCGGCUGGUGCGCGGGGCCGCCUCGGCCGGCCGGGCCGCCCGGCCCUGCGCCCGGCGCGGCCUCACGUCGGACGCGGGCGCCGAGCGCAGCGUGCCGGGCCAAGUGGACUUCUACGCGCGCUUCUCGCCGUCGCCGCUUUCCAUGAAGCAGUUCCUAGACUUCGGAACAGUGAAUGCCUGCGAGAAGACCUCCUUUAUGUUCUUACGGCAGGAGUUGCCCGUUCGGUUGGCAAACAUCAUGAAAGAAAUAAGUCUUCUUCCAGAUAAUCUGCUCAGGACUCCAUCAGUUCAGUUGGUUCAAAGCUGGUAUAUCCAGAGCCUUCAGGAGCUUCUUGAAUUUAAGGAUAAAAGUGCUGAAGAUGUUAAAAUUAUAUAUGACUUUACAGAUACUGUGAUACGCAUCAGGAACAGACACAAUAAUGUUAUUACCACGAUGGCCCAAGGCAUUAUCGAAUAUAAGGAGAGCUUUGGGGUGGAUCCUGUUACCAGCCAGCAUGUUCAGUACUUUUUGGACCGUUUCUACAUGAGCCGCAUCUCCAUUCGAAUGUUACUCAAUCAACACUCCUUACUUUUUGGUGGAAAAGGAAGCCCAUCUCAUCGAAAGCACAUUGGAAGCAUAAAUCCAAACUGCAACGUUGUUGAAGUUAUAAAAGAUGGCUAUGAAAAUGCCAGGCGUCUGUGUGAUUUGUAUUACAUCAACUCUCCUGAACUAGAACUUGAAGAAUUAAAUGCCAAAUCACCGGGACUGCCCAUACAAGUGGUUUAUGUACCAUCCCAUCUCUAUCACAUGGUGUUUGAGCUUUUCAAGAACGCCAUGAGAGCCACGAUGGAGCACCACGCCGACAGCGGGGUCUACCCGCCCAUUCGGGUCCAUGUCACGCUGGGUAAGGAGGACCUGACGGUGAAGAUGAGUGACCGAGGAGGUGGUGUUCCCCUGAGGAAGAUCGACAGACUCUUCAACUACAUGUACUCCACGGCGCCCCGGCCUCGUGUGGAGACAUCCCGAGCCGCGCCCCUGGCUGGUUUUGGCUACGGGCUGCCCAUCUCUCGUCUCUAUGCCCAGUACUUCCAGGGAGACCUAAAGCUGUAUUCCCUGGAGGGCUACGGGACUCACGCCAUUAUCUACAUUAAGGCGCUGUCCACGGAGUCCGUAGAGAGGCUCCCGGUGUAUAACAAGGCAGCCUGGAAGCAUUACAACACCAACCACGAGGCUGACGACUGGUGUGUCCCCAGCAGGGAGCCGAAGGACAUGACAACCUUCCGAAGCGCCUAGAAUCCCUUGGGAGACUCAGAAAGUUCUCAAGUGGCAUCUGGAUCCAGUCUGUUGCUUCCAGACUGAAUCAGAACCACAUUAGACCAAAUUCUUCAUCUGUCGCUAUCACUGUGAACUAUUCGGGCAGAAACAAUGGACAGAAAAUCCCCUGCAAUGCCUCCUGAAGGGUGGAACUGUAACUCUUUGACUCACAUGUUCUCAGUUAAUUGAAUGCAGUUUGGGUCAGAUUUCCUCUGUAUGAUGGACAUUAUGAGCAUGGAAAUAAGGUUUUUGGGUUUCAACAAGAAAUUGGUGUUUUGGGGCCAGAGCGAUACUACAAUGGGUAGGGGCUCUUGCCUUGCACGCACUCAAUCCUGACAUCGCAUGUGGUUCUCUGAGCACCCACCACUAGAAGUAACCCCUGAGUAUUACCAGAUGUGACCCCAAAAAUAAAAUUUAAAAAAAACAAGGGGGGGCUGGAGCGAUAGCACAGCGGGUAGGGCAUUUGACUUGCACACGGCUGACCUGGGUUCGAUCCCCAGCAUCCCAUAUGGUUCCUUGAGCACUGCCAGAAGUAAUUCCUGAGUGCAGAGCCAGGAGUAACCCCUGUGCAUCGCCAGGUGUGACCGAAAAAGCAAAAAUAUAAGAAAUAAAAUAAACAAAAAGAAAAGAAAGACAGAGUAUUUUAAAAUACUUUUCAUUUAUGUCUGUCCUUCAGAAGCAUUUUCUUAAAUAACACCGAUUGCCUCAUUAGCCCUUGUCUGCUUUCGGAUGAGACCUGCCGUCUAGUGUUGAGUCACAGCAGCAAUGAGAAGAAGGUCUUCAGCUCAGAGAGAGGGGCUGGUGGCUCCUUGCAAGUGUAAGGCCCUGAGUUAAAGCCUGGGGCCACCUGCACAAGCUCAAAUGAUCCUCACAGCCUCCUGCCUGGGUCCCGCCUGUCCCCAGGAAGAAGGUUUUUAGGUUUAUAAGUGAAGAUAAACUAAAGCAAAGAAGAAAAAAGUUUUUGCCCUGUAGGUAUAGAAAGUACAUAGCCAACCCCCUGUCAGCUUCUACAUGCAUUGUCUUAGCUAUGAAAACAGUAGGACAUUUUUUUAAAUUUUCAUUGCUGGGGAUUGUAACAGUAGCCCCCCUGUGGGUCUGGAUUUGGGCAGACUGCAGUGGAUGUGCCUGUGGUUAAUGAAAAAGGAAAUAAUAAAAGCAGAUGAGUGGCUGUAGCCUUUCCGAGAGGAUACUGAGGGCAAAGCAGUCCAUCCUUCAGUUGGAACCAUCCAUCAAGAUGGGUCCCCAGGACAGUUUGUCCAAGACCCUCCUCCCGACGGGCUGGUCAGGCUCUCUACAGCCAAACUCAGGAACCUCAGCUAUUUAGCACCACUUCCCAGGUCAAUGUGAUGCCUCACUCACAUCAGGAACCUUUCUUUAGGUGAGCGAAGAUGGUACCACCCCCGAUAAUGUAACAGAGCUUCAGGUUAAGUUUUCACCUAUGGGAUGGUGAGACAGAUGUGUAAAAUCCAGAGGCCCAACCCAUAGCACAAGUCUGGUGCAGCUGGAAGCAUGAUGACAAGAGGGAGGUGAGGUCACAGGAGAAUGAGAACUCAAAAUGUCUAUGUCUUGUCAAAAAACGCAUAUUUGGGGCUGUUUUGUGUUGGGGGCCACACCUGUUGGUGCUCAGGGCUUAGUCCCGGCUGUGUGCUCAGGGAUCACUCCUGGUGGUGCGUGGGGGACCAUACAUAUAGGCAGUGCCAAGGAUUGAACCUGGGUCAAUUACAAGAAUAUGUAUUUUAUUUAAAAAAGCUCAACUUGGUUUUCACAUACAAAAAAAUCAGCGUGGACUUAGUGUCAUGAUCCUUUGCAUUUUUAUAGGACAAACUUGUCGUUUGUAACUUUGAUAUAUUUUGGGUAAUGAUUGUGCUUUAGUUGAUAGAGGUCUUGAGCAGGUCCUCACUCUGCUAGCCAGCUGCCAGCCGCCCAGCCGGAGAGCAGCAACAGAGGAGCCGGGAGUAGUUAAAACUCAUCUACGGUAGAGGUAACUGGGAAAUGAGCAGUGGAAAGAAAUUUUAGAGGCCAGAGUACAGCAUACAGAGGCCAGAGUAUAGCAGCUAGGACACUUGCCUUGCACAAGACCAAUCCAAGUUCAAUCCCCAGCACCCGAUAUGGUCCCAUGAGACCCCCCAGGAGUGAUCCCUGAGCACUGCCAGGUGUGGCACAAAAAAAGAAUUUUUUUUUUGUUUUAAAUGUAGGAGUACUGCUAGUCAGCUACUGAUUAAGCUGACUGAAUCGGGCAUGAAUUCCACAACAACAAAAUUUUUAAGAGAUAUGUUAAUGGUUAAAGAACAACGACUUAAAUGGGGGAAUUGUUUACCUGGGACGUAGGGUGAGUUAAAAUACCUCAUUCUCUGAGACUGACAUAAACUUAGCAAGUCUGUACUUUUAUAAGUGGGGGGUAGUUGUCAGGCCCCCCAAGUGGCUAUAAUUCUGAGAUGUGGGGCCGUGCUGUACUCCUACGUUCUAUGGGUCUGAGCAAAUGUUGGGAGAUCUCUCACCUAAUCCAUCAUAUCUUAAUUCUGGAUUAUGUGUAAAAUAGCAGACUUUGUUAAUGGGUGAGGUUUUUUAAAGUUUAAUGUGCUACUGUUUUUAGCUUUACACUAGAUUUUCUAAUAAUACUUUUCUCAUAAUAUUAAAGAAUCCUCCGAAUCAAAGUAUUCUCUUUCUGUGAUAUUUAUACAAAUGAGAUAACUUGAUGUUUUUGCUUAUAAAACACUCCAUUCUGCCCUAACCCAAAGGAAAGUUCUUUCCUCUUUAUUUAUGGCUAUUUCCAUAGGAAGAGCUUUCCUUUGGCUGGUUUCUAAGGUUUUACACUCUGGUAUUGUGGUAAUGGACAGAAAAUUACAUAUGAAAGUAUUUGGGGAGGAAACCAUUUCCUUGGUUUUAAGUCAUUGUAUGAACUGAAAAGCUUGUAGAUUCUUAUAUGAUUUUAUUCACAAGUGUUUAAUGUACUGAUGGUAUAAGUACCAAAAUACACUGAAUGAUAAGAAAUGGAUACUGAUUUUUUUUUCUUCAAAUACAACCUGGGCAUUUAGUGAUGGUGCCAAAAUUUUCAAGGAGGAAUGAUAAAAAUACUCAGCUUAUUACUUAAAAUACUGGUUGACUUUCAGUCGUUCGUGCUUAGUGACAACCACUUUCUUAAACUGUGAAGUUUUUACAGAGAGAUCUUAAAGUGGAAGUCAGCUAUAAUAUUUUAUAAACUCUUGCAUAUGACAAUA